ACCUCGGGCUCAGGUCCGCUGAGUGGGCGCAUGCCCUCCACGCCCCCGACGGCCUGUCGGCACCUCCUUCCCUGGAGGAGCGGCCGGGUGGUCUGCUGGCGGCCUCAGGGGCAGGAGCGGACGGAGGACAGGAGGGUCGCGGGAGAUGGGCCUUGGUUUGCACCCCGCGAGGCCUGGGUUCGCGGCGCUCCGGGGCCGUGUGCCCGCGCGACCUUCCGAGUUAGUCACGUUCGGGUUCGGGCUCCGGCCGGCCCUGCCGCCCAGUGGCCCUCGGACUGAUUCUGAGGGUGAGGUGCGGUGGUGCAUUCCGACCGCCGGGCAUGUGUGGGGCCUUCGAGGGGUCCGGGAGCAUUAAAGGGGGCGGUGGGCUGCGGGGGAGCCCGUCAGCAUCCGGCUGAUCGCCCCCGCAGCGCCUCGGGGUCGUGGCCGCCAGGGGGCGGUGGUCACGCGCGCGACUGCGCGCCUCGCCUCUUCCGGGUCUGAUCGCGUCCCUCGGAGUCCCAGAACGCUUUCCCCUCAGGGUGGGGGCGAGUAGGAGCGUGGAGUACCUGGAGCCAGAGUGUUGGCUCGGGCUCUGGCGAACGAGCAGAGCCCUUUCAGAGCAGCCGGUCGUAGGCCCACACCAUCCCAGCGGGCAGUGACCGGGAGCUUGCUUGGCUUCGGUCCAUCAGGACUUGAGUCUGUGACGCUCACUGAUUCAGAGGUCACUGGGUAACCAGGAGCAGAAAGGCCAUGCAUAGCCAGAUAGGCUCCAAGACCACACAGACUGUUCUGGGCACCAGGCCCUCGUGAUGUCUCAACACAGACACUGUCCUCGUGCGGGUCACCAUGGGCACAGGGCCAUAGCAGUGGGGGUCUCAGGCUGACCUGUGCAUUUCCUGUCCAGCCAGGGACUUUUCCUUCUGCUCUCCCAGUACGUUUCCCCACUGUCCCUGCGCUGGUCCCUGUGUCUAUUUAACCCCUCCUCUCUGUCUUCAGUGCCUGCUGUCGUGCUGGUGCAGGGACUGUCCUUAGGGGCUACCUGAGUGAUGGAUACCAGUUGGUUGUGGGCAGUGGAGGGAUGCUGAUUGCAUCUGCUUAGAACUGCAAGAAAGCAGGGUCUGCUGGAAAGGGUUUCAGGGUAGGAGAUGUAAGCCUCGGUCCUCCCACCCGCCCCAGACCCUGAGGGGUAGAUCCUCCUGACUGCUUCCAGCUGCCCCUCAUUCCUGCUGUGUACUGGGGAAUGAACUGUAUCACCAGACCUUCUUAUUUUUUUGAGACAGAUUCUCAAAUGCCCACACUGUCCCAGGAGAAACUUGUGAUCCAUCCUCUGCCUCAGCCCCCUGAAUAGCUGGGAUUACAGGCAUUAGCCCACCACUCCGGCUUUGGAUGUUGGCUGGGGAUGCUCAGUAUGGUGCAGUCUUGCUCUGUAGUCUCUGCACAUGUCUGUUUAUUUCCAUGUGCCAUCACUUGUGGGGUCGUUAUUGUGGAUGAGCUACCUGCUUUGGUCUCAGGAAUCCCAGAGCAUAACUGCUGCCAUCCUGGAGGAGAUCACUGAGGCCUGCCCCUUCCUGGUGGGGGGUGAAGGGGUGUGAGCCAUGCCCCACUAUGCCGUGACCCAAAGUGGACCCUCUCCCAGAGAAAUGAGGGGUGCUCUGAGGUGACUGGACGCCCUUCAGCACCCCCUGCUUCAGACGGCCCUGACACUGGAAACAGGAGGAAACUGGGCAAAAAGGUACUUGGCCAACUGGGCUCCAAAUGUGGCUACUGAUCAACAGCAUCAGUGCCCCUGUUGGUGGUGCUAGGAAUGGGUGUUCUCUGGUCCAUUCUAGCCCUGGGGAGACAGUUUGGGAGUGGGGUUCCAGCACCCUAAGCUGGAGCAAAGGCAGAGGCUGCUGGGAGUCGAGGUUGGUGAGCCAGAAUGAAGGCUGCCUAUUCUGUCAAUAGCAGCACAUCUAGGCUCUGGCCUCCCUUUCCUAGGUCAACAGUACCAGCUUCCCAUGAGUUUGUCGCCUGGCUUCUUACCCAGCCCAUGGGUCUUGCUCAGCUAAGGCACCCAGGAACAUCCAGGCUGACCAGCCUGGGUCCCCUCUGUUGCUUAGACAUCCAAGCGAGCAGCCAUGCAGGGUCCCUGGACAGGCUUCUCCCCACCGUGGGCACCAGGCGCUCGCCCCGGAAGCGCACCACCAGCCAGUGCAAGUCGGAGCCACCCCUGCUGCGCACCAGCAAGCGCACCAUCUACACGGCAGGGCGGCCACCCUGGUACAAUGAGCAUGGCACACAGUCCAAGGAGGCCUUUGCCAUCGGCCUGGGAGGUGGCAGUGCCUCGGGGAAGACCACCGUGGCCAGGAUGAUCAUUGAGGCUCUAGAUGUGCCCUGGGUGGUCUUGCUGUCCAUGGACUCCUUCUACAAGGUGCUGACCCAGCAGCAGCAGGAGCAGGCCGCCCACAACGACUUCAACUUUGACCACCCCGACGCCUUCGACUUCGACCUCAUCAUCUCCACCCUCAAGAAGCUGAAGCAGGGCAGGAGCGUCCAAGUGCCCAUCUAUGACUUCACCACCCACAGCCGGAAGAAGGACUGGAAAACGCUCUAUGGUGCAAACGUCAUCAUCUUCGAGGGUAUCAUGGCCUUCGCUGACAAGACGCUGCUGGAGCUCCUGGACAUGAGAAUCUUUGUGGACACGGACUCCGACAUCCGCUUAGUGCGGCGGCUGCGCCGGGACAUCAGUGAACGAGGCCGGGACAUCGAGGGUGUCAUCAAGCAGUACCACAAGUUUGUCAAGCCUGCCUUUGACCAAUACAUCCAGCCCACCAUGCGCCUGGCAGACAUUGUGGUGCCCAGAGGGAGUGGGAACGCGGUGGCCAUUGACCUGAUCGUGCAGCAUGUGCACAGCCAGCUGGAGGAGCGUGAACUCAGCGUCAGACAGGUGCUGCAGGCCUUCCCUCAGGUCCCUCUAGGAGCCUUUAUUCUGAGAAAAAAAGUUUCCAGGUGUGGCCAGCUCCACUUUCCGCUCUCUGGUCUGCCAAGGAGGCGGUGGCCAGUGGCCCUAGUGUCUCCUCCUGUCCAGGAAGCGGCUGGUGGGCAGGGGAAGGACUGCAGGCCAGCCACAGGGCCCUCCCACCCUCCCACCCAGAGGAGGGAGCUGCGCUGGGAUAUGGCGGCCCUGGCCUCAGCGCACCAGUGCCACCCACUUCCCCAAACGCUGAGCGUCCUCAAGAGCACCCCGCAAGUGCGCGGUAUGCACACCAUCAUCAGGGACAGGGAGACUAGUCGGGACGAGUUCAUCUUCUACUCCAAGAGACUGAUGCGGCUGCUCAUCGAGCAUGCGCUUUCCUUCCUGCCCUUCCAGGACUGUGUGGUGCAGACCCCACAGGGGCAGGACUACGCAGGCAAGUGCUAUGCGGGAAAGCAGAUCACUGGAGUAUCCAUCCUGCGUGCUGGGGAGACCAUGGAGCCUGCUCUGCGUGCUGUGUGCAAAGACGUGCGCAUUGGCACCAUCCUCAUCCAGACCAACCAGCUCACGGGGGAGCCCGAGCUCCACUAUCUUCGGCUGCCCAAGGACAUCAGUGACGACCACGUGAUCCUGAUGGACUGUACGGUGUCUACUGGCGCUGCGGCCAUGAUGGCCGUCCGUGUCCUCCUGGACCACGAUGUGCCCGAGGACAAGAUCUUCUUGCUGUCACUGCUGAUGGCGGAGAUGGGUGUCCACUCCGUGGCCUAUGCUUUCCCACGAGUGAGAAUCAUCACCACAGCUGUGGACAAGCGGGUCAAUGACCUUUUCCGCAUCAUCCCAGGCAUAGGGAACUUUGGGGAUCGCUACUUUGGGACAGAUGCGGUCCCUGAUGGCAGCGACGAGGAAGAGGUGGCUUCCACUGGUUAGCUGCCCAGGCUGACCCACCCUGUCCCCACCCAGCCUCCUCCUGCCUCCUGGUGUGGGUAGGAGGAGGUUAAUUUAAUUUCAAAAAAUGAUGCCAAUAAAAAACAUCUACACAUUUUGUAAAAUAAAGCUUUAGAAAGUGAA